GUCCUCCUCCUGCAGGGCUUCCUCUCUCCCCUCGAGGCCCCCUGGAGAUCGCAGGAGCCAGGAGUUUGGGGCCGGUUUCCAUUCGCCUCUGGACCCACCAGGAGAGCAGAGGCAGGGCUCUGAGGAAGGUCAGCGGAGGCCACGGUCUGCCGCAACCUGGGCGUUCCCCGCGUUCCCGGGAGCGCUCUCCCUGUUCGCCCUCAUUCCCGAGGCUCGCUCCGGUAGCCGGCACCUCCUGCUCAGUCCCGAGGAAGCCAUGGCCAAGUCCAAGGGUCGUCUAUACCUUUGGGUGUGCUUGGCUGCAGCGCUGGCAUCUUUCCUGGGUGGAUUUAUGGUGGGCUGGCUUAGUAAGCCUCUCAAAGAAACAGCCACUUCAGGGGACACUCACCAAAAUCUAAGGUGGAAACUGGUGUCUGAGAUGAAAGCUGAAAAUAUUAAAUCAUUUCUUCGUUCUUUUACAGAGCUACCUCAUCUGGCAGGAACAGAACAAAAUUUGCUGCUGGCCAAGAAAAUCCAAACCCAGUGGAAGAAAUCUGGACUUGAUUCAGCCAAGUUGGUUCAUUAUGAUGUUCUCCUGUCUUACCCUAAUGAGACAAAUGCCAACUACAUAUCAAUCACGGAUGAACAUGGAAAUGAGAUUUUCAAUACAUCAUACCAUGAGCCACCACCAGAUGGAUAUGAGGAUGUUAAAAAUAUUGUACCACCCUAUAAUGCCUUUUCACCGCAGGGCACACCAGAGGGGGAGCUUGUAUAUGUGAACUACGCUCGUACUGAAGACUUUUUCAAACUAGAAAGAGAGAUGAAUAUCAACUGCACUGGAAAAAUUGUUAUUGCAAGAUAUGGGAAAAUCUUCAGAGGAAAUAAAGUUAAAAAUGCCAUGUUAGCAAGAGCCAAAGGAAUCAUCUUGUACUCAGAUCCAGCUGACUACUCUGCCCCUGGGGUACAGCCAUACCCAAAAGGAUGGAACCUUCCUGGAACUGCAGCCCAGAGAGGGAAUGUGUUAAACUUGAAUGGUGCUGGUGACCCGCUCACUCCAGGCUAUCCAGCUAAAGAGUACACUUUCAGACUUGAUGUUGAAGAAGGAGUGGGAAUCCCUCAAAUCCCUGUACAUCCCAUUGGAUAUAAUGAUGCAGAAAUAUUAUUACGCUAUUUGGGAGGAACUGCUCCACCAGAUGAGAGCUGGAAGGGAAGUCUUAAGGUGAAUUAUAAUAUCGGGCCUGGCUUCAUAGGACAUGAUUCUUUCAGGAAGGUUAGAAUGCGUGUUCAUAACAUCAAUAAAAUCACAAGGAUUUACAAUGUAAUUGGAACUAUCAGAGGAUCUGUGGAACCUGACAGGUAUGUUAUUCUGGGAGGUCAUCGGGACUCCUGGGUAUUUGGAGGUAUUGACCCAACCAGUGGGGCUUCUGUUUUGCAAGAAGUUGUUCAGAGUUUUGGCAAACUGAUGAGUAGAGGCUGGAGACCAAGAAGAACUAUCAUUUUUGCCAGCUGGGAUGCAGAAGAAUUUGGACUUCUGGGUUCCACAGAAUGGGCUGAGGAGAAUGUAAAAUCACUUCAGGAGAGAAGCGUUGCUUAUAUCAACUCAGAUUCAUCUAUAGAAGGCAAUUAUACUCUCAGAGUUGACUGUACACCCCUUCUUUACCAAUUGGUGUAUAAACUGACAAAAGAGAUCUCCAGCCCGGAUGAUGGUUUUGAGAGUAAAUCUCUUUAUGAAAGCUGGUUAGAAAAGGACCCUUCAUCUGAAAAUAAAACUUUGCCUAGAAUCAACAAGCUGGGAUCUGGAAGUGAUUUUGAAGCUUAUUUUCAGAGACUUGGAAUUGCUUCAGGAAGAGUCCGGUACACUAAGAAUAGGAAAACAGAUAAUUACAGCAGCUAUCCAAUGUACCAUACAAUUUAUGAGACAUUUGAAUUGGUAGAGAAUUUUUAUGACCCCACGUUUAAAAAACAGCUUGCUGUAGCUCAGUUACGAGGAGCACUGGUUUAUGAGCUUGCAGACUCUAAAAUCAUUCCUUUCAACAUUCAAGACUAUGCAAAAUCUUUGGAAAACUAUGCAACAGGUAUCUACAGCUUAUCCAGGAAAUAUGACCAACAAUUAAGAGACCAUCAAGUAUCAUUUGAUUCCUUAUUUUCUGCUGUGAAAAACUUCUCAAAGUCUGCUUCCGAUUUUCAUAGAAGACUUUCACAAGUUGAUCUGAAUAACCCCACUGCAGUGAGAAUUAUGAAUGACCAACUGAUGUUCCUGGAAAGGGCAUUCAUCGAUCCCCUUGGUUUACCAGGGAGGCCAUUCUAUAGGCACAUCAUCUUUGCUCCAAGCAGCCACAACAAAUAUGCUGGCGAAUCAUUUCCUGGCAUCUUUGAUUCUAUAUUUGAUAUUGAAAAUAAAGCAGAUCCUCGUUCAGCCUGGAAAGAACACAGCUUGGGGGAUCUUAGUUCCCUCGACCAGGACCAGAGGUUGAACCCAGGCCAUGGCAGUGAAACCACUGAGUCCUAACCACUGGACCGUGAGAGAAUUCCCUGUUGCUGACUUUUAAAAUCCAAUUUAAAUAAGCCAUAAAUUUCUAUUAUAAUGCAAUAAUUUGAUCAUUUAAAAAAUCUAAACAUGUUGCUUAUAUUGAGUAAUAUAAAAGUAAACUAAUAAAAAGCAUAUGAAAUGUAAUAUAGGCAUAUACAUUAAGAAAUUCUAAAAAUUUAUUCUAGAGAAAAUUGGAAAGAAUGCCAAUAUUUGUGACAAAGAUACUGCAACAUUUUAUCAUAGUAAAAAAGUAAACUAAAUAUUCAUCAAUGGGAAACUGCUUAACUUAUGGUAUAAUAGUCAUAAAGCUGAUAAACUGAUAAACAUUUUUCAUUUUUGGUAAGUUGUCUGUGAGUUAUUGUUGAGUUGGAAAAAAAAUAUGUUGAUAAAACUGAAUGUACAGAUAUCACACAAGUAUCAGCAGUACUUAUUACACUGGGGUGUAGACUUUUAAUCUUUGUACUUUUCUGUAUUGCUUUAAUUUCUUACAUUGGAAUAUAUUCCUCUUAUAAUAAAAACUACAGUAAGGCUGUUUUAACUUUGAAGAGAAAAAAAGUUCUGGGAUGCAAUAAAGUUCAAAAAUAGAAACCUCUUUUUCUAUCUUUGUAAUUUACUAGUUUUUCUGUUCUGAGGAUACAAACAACACUUAUUUACAGAUGCAUACAUGGGCUAUUUUAAUAUUUUUCAUAUUAGCUCAGAAUUUCAAAACUAUCAAUUGACCUUCCAACUUUCAAGUUUAUAUAUGGAGAUGAGAUACAAGAAAAUAAUUCUCCUCCAAUCCUGACUUUUGAAGUACAGAAAUGAGUUUAGUAAAACAGUAACGUGAGAAAUAACUACCACACUGUAAUGGAUUUUAGUCUUUGUUAUUGUCAUUGCUUUUUAACUUUAGUCAUUUGCUCUGUUUCCUCUCUUUUUAGUAAGUCUGUGUUCAUCCACUUCUUUCAAUCCCAAGUGUGAUUAUUCUGAAUUCACGCCAACAAUAUCUUUCACUUAAAUGAUGUAAAAACUUCCUUUCAAAUCACCCAACUUCCUUUCCCCUGCUGUAUCACAAUCAUAGUAACUUCAGCCAGAAUGAUCUUCCUCAAUGUGAUCAUGCUACAUUCUAUUUACAUAUUUUCAAUAAGGA